AAAAAUAUAAAUAUUAGAUAAUCACGUUCUAACAUUUUAUUAGAAUCCAGACGUAAAUCUAUUUAGACUCCGCACCUAAUAAUUUCUCCAACCAAAUAGGCCCAACAGACGAGAAUUAUAUGUUUUGUGAUAACUCGCUAAAAUAUUUAAUAACAAAGUAAUACCUUUCUCCUCAAUGGUUAAUUUGAUUAGCUAAUCUAACCAUAAAAGCUCGCUGUCUGUCAUCACUCAUCAGCAGUUGCCAUCGGCCAGGUUUUUCGUCGAAGCCAUCUUGUCCGCAAAGGCCGAGACCAAUCCCAUGCACUUGCCCAAGCCGAACGCCAUCGUCCGCAUUCUCUCCUUCCUGGCAGAUAAACUCUCUCUGUCAGCCAUUAUGUCGAACAACUUGGCUGCACAAAAAGUCUAAACAAUUUCAGUGUCUCUGUAACAACGACCAUUUCUCCAACCCUAGGAUCCCGUUACCUCUCUCUCCAAUAUCAAGCUUUCUUGGCUCGCAGCAGAGCCCAGUCCCAAGCGUCAUUAAAACUCUCAAACUUUUGUUUCAGGAAUCCCCGGGGAACACCAAAAGCGGUGACCACAUCCUUUCAUGCUCCCAUCUUUUCCGAAACAUAAAUAGACGCCUCAAGGCCUCUUCUCCUUCAGUCAAACCAUCUUAUCUUUGAACUCCAUGGCCAAGCAAGCCAUCUCCGCCCUCGAUCUCAUCCGCGAACACCUCUUUGGCGACGCUGUCGACACCCUAACCGGAUUGGAGUCGCCCAAGCCGCAGCUACCAGUGGUGUCGGCGGAAGUUAACCCCAUUCCCGGUGACCUCAGCAUCUCCGACUACCUUCAAGACACCGAUGCCGAUCCGCUAGGCACCGGGUUCAGAUUCCAGGAGCCGGCGCAAACGAUGAUACGGUUCGGCGGUGACCGGUUCGAGUUUGGCCUCAAGGUCAAUGUCCCUCACGCUGCUGCUCCAAAGGUGGAGUGGAUACACGGCGCUGUCGAUGAGAACCGGGCGCCGGAGAUGUGCGACGGAAACCGGUACCGUGGCGUGAGGCAGAGGCCGUGGGGGAAGUUCGCGGCGGAGAUCCGCGAUCCGAAACGCCGGGGAUCUCGGGUUUGGCUUGGAACGUUUGAUACCGCGGUGGAGGCCGCGCGGGCGUACGAUCGCGCCGCGUUCAGGAUGCGAGGAAGCAAGGCGAUUCUGAACUUUCCGAAUGAGGUCGGUUGCUCGGCGGAUUGGGUUCAGCCCCCGGCGCAGGCGGUUGCGCAUCCAGUGCCCCCGGAGAAGAGGGGAAGACAGGAGAUGGAGGAAGAGGACAGGGUGGUGAAGAAAGAGAGAUUAGAGGAAUAUGAGUGGAAUUUUCCGUCUGAAGAACCGUUGACGCCGUCAAUCUGGUCUGCGGUUUGGGACGGGACGGACGCGAAGGGAUUCUUCAGCUUGCCGCCGCUCUCUCCACUGUCACCUCACCCGCAGCUGAGUUUUCCGCCACUGAUGGUUAUUUGAACGAUAACGGGCCGAGUGACGGUGCUGUUAACUACUUUCUUUCAUGUAAAUCUUUGUAAUUAAAACCUAAUUACUAUUAGGAAAUGUUAAAUUGUUGCAAAGAGAGCUAUUAUUUUUGUCGAUCGAGAGUCGAACAUGACUCAAUGGCAAUGCCUGUAAUUUCUGACGAAAUGAUAGGUGUUUUGCAAUGAGUUAUAGUUUUACUUUUUUGAAUCGGCAAUGUAUAUUUAAAUUUAUUUGUAGAUGUAAAUUAUAUGUGAGUUUGAUUGUUUGGUUUUGUAA